GUGAAGAAACAUGGCGGCCCAGACAUUGACUGGGAAAUUGUACUCCCUGCUGUUCCCCAGGACUUCCACCUUCGCCCUCACCAUCGUCGUGGGCGUCCUGUUCUUCGAGCACACCUUCGAUCGAGGCGCGAACGCCAUCUAUGACCACAUCAACGAGGGGAAGCUGUGGAAACACAUCAAGCACAAAUAUGAGAACAAGUAGUUCCUUGGAGGCCCUCAUCCAGGCCAGAAGGACCAGGUCCACACAGCAGCUGUUUGCCCAGAGCUGGAACCUCAGCUUGAAGAUGAUGCUUAAGUUACUCUUCGUGGACCACUGUUCACUGUUGGCAAGAAACGGCUUUACCUUCAAAACAGACUCUUGACCUUCUGCUGUGUUUGAAGUAUGUUUAGUCAGCAUGAUCAGGAAAUAAAUGUG